AGAAUUGUACUCUGCCAUGCGCAAUUCCAUCUAUUAUUCUUGCUCUUCUGAAGAGCUUAAAAGAGUUGGAUACGGGAUAGUACAAUAGAGGUGCUUUUUUAUAUGAAUGACACUGAAAUUACGAAAAUAGCAUCCCAGUUGAGGAUUUUGACCUUAAAAGGGCUAUCGAAGCUAACACAUGUUUGGGAAAAGAAGAAAAAUGGAGUUCUCGUCUUUCCAAAUCUGCAACAGGUCAUUGUUAGCAAUUGUAAAAAGUUGGAAACGCUAUUUCCUGCUUCCUUGGCAAAAAAUUUUAAAAGUCUGAAAGGAAUUGAAAUAGAAGAUUGUGCUAAGUUCCAAGAAAUUGUUGAAAAAGAAGAAUCCACAGAAGCAAAGUUUGUGCUCCCUUGUUUAGAGAGGUUGAUUCUUUCUUCCUUGCCACAACUCAGUUGCUUUUACCCUCAAACAUUCACUUUGGAAUGCCCAACCUUAAAUAUAUUAUCUGUGUUGAGGUGUGAAGGAUUAGAGUUGUUUCAAAGUCAACAUUCCAUGGGUGAGGGUAUUUCAGUUAAGAGACAACCUCUUAUUUCACGUCUAGAGGACAUUUCAAACCUGAGAGAAUUGAAACUUGAUUGGAAACAUAUUCUGGCAUUAAGAUCAAGGCUUAGGUCUGAAAAAUUUACUGGCGUCUUCAAACUUGUGAAUAAAAUGAGUCUGCUCUUAGACGGUGAUGUGAGUGAAAUGCUUAUAAUGGUCAAUGAAAUACUCCAUAGAGCACCCAACUUAAUAGAAAUGGUUAUACAUAUACUAAAUUGCAAAAAUUCAGAGAUUUUCUUUGCUCAAAACCCCAAAAUUGGUGAGGAUGGGAUGCUCUUACAGUUACGAAUAUUGACACUAUUCCAAGUAGCUGCUAUCAGGUCCAUCCAGUCAGAGAACUCAUCAUGCGGAUUCGGAGGGGAAAGAUGUGCCCUGACAAAGCUCGUUGCUUCAGUAGUGGAAGAGAGAAAGGUUCUUGUUUCAGGGAAUAGGGCAGAGUGA